AUGGACCCACCGCGGUUCUCCUUUGAAAGCAGCAGCAAGCCCCAAGAGCACCAUCCCCAUCUAGGGCCAGAAGAACCAGCGGCGGUUACGGCUUUGGGGGCUUCGGCCGCAGAGACCCCGACCACCGCGCUAGCCGGGGUCCCCGGGUAUCAGACCCACCACCAUCACCCAUCGUCCCGGUCACGACGGAGCGCUCAAGCGGACACGGUUCGGUACAGCGGUAGCGGCGUCGGCGGUGGGAACGCGGGGGGGGGUGACGCGAAGGGGAGCAGCAGCGAGGGGAGGGGGCUGUUGCCGGGGUCUUCCGUGCUGAGACACAGGGUUCGACGGCAGUUGUUCAGCGAAGACUCCGAGGCCAGGCCCUUGGUGUUCUGCCCCUUUUGCGGCGAAGGCGUUGUCCGUGCGAGGGGAUUACGAGACCAUCUUCAGGAGUGCUACGUGCUCGAUCGAUGCCGUGGGAGCGAGACACACAAGCAGGUGGAAGUGGCCAUCAAAGCCGUCUCGGUGGAGAACCAGAUGCACACUAGCGCUACCAACACUCACGGCAGACGCGCGUCUUCGCUGAACGACGGUUCAUUCCAAGACUCGUCUACACUCCUGCAGCACGCUCUUUCUCCCUUCGUCUCGAAAGGAAACGAUCCGGAGAACGUUCUCGCACCAGCAGUCGCCUCGGAAAAUUCCGAGCUCGGACGCGUGGUUGCUACUGGGGGGUUGCGCGGUACGGCGGGGGGAGAAGUUUCCGGCGUGAGUUCGGAAGUGUCUUCGGGUGGAGGAGGAGCAGGAGGAGCGAAGUUUGAGCGGUGCGAGGACUGCGGGCGGACUUUCGCCCCCGGGAGGCUUCGAUCGCACGCCAAGGCAUGCCGAAGUGUGUUCUUAGAGCGCCGCCGCCCGUACGACCCGAAGGCAAUGCGGGCGAGGGGGACACCGCUCGAGUUCUUCCAGCAGCCCAUCGGCGCGGCGAGCUCCGACAACCCUACCACAUCAGGCAAGGGGGGAGACGGCGGGGGCAACGCGGCAUCGAGAAGAGGGGUUGGCAGAAACAAGCCGUCCUCCGUCGGAGGGAGUUCCGUGAGGCGGGAGGGAUCCUCUGAGAGUGGGGACGCGGACCGCGUGUCCCCGGGGGGGCUGGAUGUUUCUGUCGGGACCGGUGGGGGUUCCUCGAGGGGGGUAGGAGGGGAGGUGGGCGGCUCGUUUCUCCGAAGGAGCAAGAAGGUUGCGCUUAAGACGCUGCCUGCGGUCGAGGGAAGGGCGCACUGCCCUUUCUGCUCCAGCUCCAUCCCUCGCGCCAAGCUCUCGGCGCAUCUCCUGCGAUGCAAGAAGUUGCGCAGGUCUCAGACCUGUCCAAGACCCAAGACUGGACCUUCACCGCGCAUCAGCGGUACCGACGCCUCCAACGCCACCGUCAUCCACGAGGACGACAAGGCCCGAACCGCCACCUACAACGGCGGCGGCAUCGCCAACAACAACAGCAGCAGCAGCAGUAACGCCUCCCGCAAGGUACGAUGCCCCCACUGUCUCCGUGGGUUCUCGCCCGCCGUGGCCCCCACCCACAUAUCCAUCUGCGCUCGUGUGGAAAACCGCCCCAAGGGCAGCGGCACCGCCAAAGCAGCUGCUGCCCGUAAGGAUGAUGCUCAGAAGAAAGUGGCGUUGGGUGUCGGCUACACCGACGCUUCUCCUCCGGGGGGGCGAAAAGGACUUGCCGCUUCCCACGGCUCUAGCGGCGCCCGACGGUUGCAGCAGCAGCAGCAGCAGCCAGAGAAGGCGAGGGUCAUGCCGCCCUUCUACUGACCUCGGGAAAAAGUGGGGUCCGACAUAUCCUUGUAUCUUGCCCGCCUUGUGUGCCGAUGUAUAUUGUAUCGUGGGCUUGGUUCAAUUGCUCGUGGUCUGCGGGGGGGCCCUGAGAGUCGCCGCGUCUUGAACUUUGUAUGGUUGUCUUGUCGCUUGUGCACUACGAGGCCCUUGUAAUAAUAAGAGAAGUGUUGGAUUACUGUACAACAGUAUUGCAAGCGUUUGUACGUCGGCCGAGUUGGAUGAUAGUACCGUUGACGUAGAGAGCGGUGCUUGUUUUAACGGUGUCUCUGAUAGGACGGUAGACAAGUACUCUCCCGGUAUUCCGCGAGCCCGCAGUUGAUCAUCGACUUUCGCCUAGGCUACUGUAGCUAGCCGGAGUUGAUUGAUUUCCUCGUGUAGGAAGAAACCUUUGACACCUACUGGGCGUUGUUUUGAAAGUAUGUACAUGUAUAGGUUCUGGUUCUGUACAUGGAAUUACGUUCCUUUCACGCCGUGUGGUUCUCUCGGCCGCUGUGGGUGACCCAGCGCAGAAAACACAAGUGCGGAGGACCGUGCAGAGAAGCCCUUGUGUGGCUUGGCUUUUUUCUAUGCGCGAGGUGGCUCUCCUGCUCCUCAGGGUAUGGAACUUGACGAAAACAAUGCAACAGUACCGGCAAGACAAUGAAUUCGUGC